UGCACUGUUCAUAAGUAUGUACACUAACACAGUGUAAAAUCUGUUUGCACACACUUUUUACAUAAAUCUGUUUGCACACACUGUUUACAUAAUUACAAUGUAAAAUCUAUGAGCAUGCACUGUUCAUAAUUAUGUACACUGACACAGUGUAAAAUCUAUGAGCAUGCAACUGUUCAUAAUUGUGUACAUGUGGAGACACAAUGUAAAAUCUAUGAGCAUGCACUGAGUAUUUCCAUCCACCUGACACAGUGUUGUGGCAGAUGAAAGCCUGUUAAACACACUGACUGAAUACAUCACAGACUUGUAUAGUUGACUAUAGAUUGGCUUUCUUUCUUCUGGCUGAUCAUGUGGGUGUAGCCGGGCCACUUGCGGAGGACCCAUUCUCAGUGAUGCAAUGUGAUCAGUGCUGAUUGCCUCCCAGGAAUCCGUCACCUGUCUUCAGGCACACGGCCAGAACAGUCUGUGUUGUAGUAGACUAUACAUCACAGACUACACAUGUGUGCUGUAGUAGCGAGUAGUUUGUCACUGUGCUGCAAGAUAUGUGUGCGCAGUGCUAGACUGUUAGAAAGUGUUCUGAGUUUCUAACGGGGACAGUGGGAACCGUGUUCAAAAGACACUGUACUUUUUUUAGUGGAUGGGACUUUUCAUUGCAGUUGGCAAUUUGUGUUUGGGGUUUUCUGACAGAUCGCUUUAACAAGUUGCUGAUGGAUUCAAGAAACUACUUCCAACCUUUACUGCUUGUUGUUGCCAAUGAGUAGCUGCAGAGACAAGUGCAAAGUGUUUGUUAUACCUCAGUCAGUUAGAUGUUCUGAAAAGCAUCUGUUGGUUCAGUGAAUGAAACAUAUUCUGAACUCUUCUGGAAUUUGUACUGAUCUGUGUUAGAUAACGUCCAUCUACUUUUUACUGUAUGAUCUUUGAAAAAUAGAUAUCUUCCAUUCCCUUGUCCACAUUAUAUUUCAACUUGUCAUUCCUUGGUAUAUGUUGAAACAUUAGAUACCAUCAUUCCCUGAUCUACCUGUGAUAGUGUGGCAUAUUCCUUGAUCAUUCCUUUAUCUGUUCAAACUAGUUCAAUUUCAAAUAUUAUAGUAAUAUAACUCCUUAAUAUAACUCCUUAAUAUAACUCCUUAUCAUUCCUUGUUUUUCCUUUAAAAAACUCCAAAAGCCAGAGCUUUUUAGCCUUCCAGAAUUCUUUAUGUCUGUUUGACCAACUUACCAUUCCAUAGACAGCCUGACUAUACUUGGAACCUUAAUGUCUUUAUAUUGUUGUGUAUGCAUUGGCUAUACUGUACUUCGUUACAAGCUGUAGUCAGAAGUCAUAAUUGGCCAUGCUUAAGAAUUGCUCUUUACCAAUGAAUCUUUGACUAGAAUAAUUUUCUUGUGUUAAAAAAACAGUUUUGACUAAUCACCAUCAUUGUCAGGAAGACUAUGUUAGUAUACAGCUUAGUAUUAUACUUGGGUUUAAUUUUUCAGUAUUCACAAAACAUUUAAACAGUAGCUUAUUCAGAAAGAUUCAAAGCAAUCACUUCUUUGCCAAAACAUCAUCAUCACUAUUUGAACCUGCAGUGUUUUAUUGAACAAAGUUGGAACCAGUGACUUAUUCACAAAGAUAUAAACAAGUGGAUAAAAUUCAGUUCUGUUAAUGAGACUAGAACCCAUGGUUAAGAUCAGAACCAAUGGCCAAGUUCAGAACCGGCAACCAAUAUCUUGAAUGAUUUUUUAAAAUCUUGUUCAUUGAUGAGUCCACCAUGCAGUUUGCCUGACAGGCCAUUGUAGAAGAUUGGAGGAUUUUACCCAUGCUAGUUGACUGACUGUGAUCCACCAUGAGCCACAGACACUGCUACACCUCACUGGCUCAUCCUUCUAUGAAAGAGGUCAUCAACCUGCACAACUACUCCGCUCUCAAGCUGGCUGUUCUUGUUGCAGAAUUCGCACAGCAGAUAGCAGCAACCUACGAACAUGUCUCCAAAGAAAUUCAGAGUAUUACGACGACGUUCAGGAAGAAAAAUUAUGAACUGAAAAAAGAAAGGCCAACAGACACGACGAGUACAAUUAGUAUAGCAUGGGAAUCUUUACUGCAGGAAACAGAAAUGGAUGCUCAGGCUCACCUGGAUGUUGCCAGUCUCCUCAUUAAAAAUGUCUACAGACCUCUCAGUGAUGUUGCAUCUUAUAAACGAAGUCAGGGUCAGAAGCUCUGUACAUUCAGAGAAAAUUUUGAAAAUCUUUUGGAAGACUCAGAGAAACAUUUGUCUACAACUGAAGCGACGUACUACAGCUGUUAUGAGAUGUACAAGGAUGCGGAGGAUGAGGAGAAGAGAGACAACGCCAAGUCAGACUUGUACAAUGCUCACAACAGUUACGUGCUGCAGCUUAGGGCUUCCAACAGGAUCGCAGACGAAUUCCACAAAGUUAUACCACAAGUGCUAGAGGAGUUAGAAGAAAUCUACAUCGACACAAGUAAUACAAUAAAUGUUGCUAUAGAAACUCAUGCUCUACUUCUGUUAACAAAGGCGAAUGAACAGCACAGGAAAUUUGAUGAUCUGCUACACAUCUGUCGUCAGGUGAAUCCGCAGAUGGACGUGUCUCAGUUUGUGAAGUCUGUGUCCUCAGAUCUGUCUGGUCCACACAUACCUUCCCACCACUUCCACCCAGCAGACGAUGUGGAGGAUGUCUCCACCACUGAGGUUACAAUGAAAAACCAGCUGAUAGUUGACAAAUACACUGAGAACUGUAUACGAUCGCAGCUUGUAGAACUACAAAAAGAAGCAAUGCAACUCACGGUGUACAUCAAACAGAAACAGGAUGCCACAAAUACACUCAUCAAUGUAUGCCAAAGGAACUUAGCUAAUCACAUGUAUGCCAAAGUGUAUGAAACCCAAGAGGAAAUGUGUCAAAAUCGUAAUGAAAUACGUAUUGCCAACAUGCGACUGGCAGGAAUCAGGGCACAGAUUGAGAUGUUGACACCGAAGCAGAAUGGUGCAGUUUAUCAGGAUCAGGAGGACGAUGAAAGCAAGCGGUCACAGUCUUCGGCCAUCAAGGGCAUGUGGAAGAAAGCAUUCAAAAAUCUGAAGAGUAAUGAAAAACAGAACUGGCUGACAAAGAAAGGAAGUCUGAUAAAGAGAAAGGAUUCCAAAGAUCAAGGGCAAGAGGAAACGGAAGAAGAAAUAUGUAAAGAGAUUGACCCUGUAUACAGCUUACUGAAGUGUGCUGCGGAUCUACCGAAAGCAGGCAAGUCGGCGUGCAGCAUCAGCAGCAAACACAGCUCCCAUGACAGCAGUGGCAAUACAUCGAAAACCUCCAGCCCGUCUUCUUCAGGUGAGAAUCAAGGUGAUGUGUUGAAACCCGAGAUAGUGACACAAGGUUUGGGAUCAGAUUUCAAGCAAUUCUACAAACUAACGAGUCCGGCUAAGAAAAGCUCAUCAAUGCUAGACAGUUUGUUUUGACUUGACCAAGUCUCCCGACUGGUUUUUCACUCAAAUAAUCAUGUGAUGCAGUUAGCCAUCAACUGAUCUCGCACAUCAUAGUUGGUCAAUACUGUACAUACUGAAGAUGAUGUAGAUGGGUGUCUGGUCCUGUCAAUUUGAUUGGCUGUCGAAGGAAAUGCAACACACUGGCAUUUUUUUGAAAAGGCAGCCAUCUUUGAUGAGUUGGCAGACACAGAGUGUCAUUGUUUUUGUGUUGGCGUUAAGCCAUACGUGGAUUUGAAGAUCUGAGUAUUGUUUGGUUAUUUUACUACCAUGGUUACUAGGAGAUUAAGGCACACCUUUCUCCAGCAUGCUAGUGUUUGUCAUACAGGUUUACCCUGUUACUAGGAUGUUUUUGUUGACGUUGCCAUGGUUUUUCAGCAUUUUGUUUCCCUUUCAAUAACAGAUAACUUGUAUUUAUUUGUGUUGUAUCUAAAUAUAUUUUGUUUCUUCCCUUAAGGGGAUUGUGUGCAUAAUACUGGACAUUCUAACUGUUCUUCCAUAUAACCAUUUCAUUUUGAGAGUUACCCCACCAUAUACUCCACCAUGUUAGUGUUAACAUAAGCAGUCUGUGAUAUGUUGCUAACCAUCUUGUCAGGGUCAAAGGUCAAGGCCAUUUUAAAGAAAUUACUGUGCUCACUUAAAGUUGUGUUGUUUUGUUUUUUAUAUGUUGUAAUGUUGAAUGUAUUUUAUUGGGACAAUUGUGAUUUGUUGUUUUGUAUGUUUUCAGUUUUAUCAUUUUAGUUUUAAUGGAUACAUUUUUUAAUACUUUUGAAGUAAUCAAAGUUUGUAUGAAACUUGUUAAUUAUUUCUUAGAGAUAUUUAUUAUUAAAACAUGAUAAUCAUUUCUUUCUAGACCUAUUUAUCAUUUCAGAAAGUUUAACUAAAUUAAUUUUUGAAUAAAAUAGAAAUAUUAAUGACCAUUAAAACUCUGCAGUAAUUGCAAACAAAUUACCUAAUAGCUUUUAAUUUUUUCAUAUUUAAGAAUAUGUUUACUCAGUAUGAGGUAUAUGGUAACACAACAGUGGACAUCUCCAUAUGUUGCUUUUAUUUUGACUGGUAUUGAAAAUAAACUAAACACACUUGUAUGUGUUUAAAUAUUUCUGACAACUAUAUUUAGAAUUACUAUAAAGAUUUAAAGGUUUAGUCUUAACUUUGUCCAUUUUCGUAGAAAAAGAACAAAAUGUGUAUACCUUAGUAGAUUUGAAUCUGUUAAUGUAUUUGAAAAUGUUUCGAUCUUUUGGUGGUACAGGUCAACUUUAAACACUUUUGCUUUGCUAUAAUUAUGUCCACUAAUUGGUCAAUCAUCUUUUUAAUUUUAAUAUAUUGAAGAAAAAAACUCCGGAAAAAAACACAAAGAAAAAAAAGAAUAAAAUAUACUGUAACUGGAAAAUAAAAGCAAGUUGUUACAAUAUGUAUAAGUUACUUGGGUUGCAACAAGCAUUAUAGUUUGAAGGUUGGUCUCAUGAAUUGUUUUGUGAAAUACUGGAAUGUGCUGACCUGUAUUAUGUCAUGUAUUUUGAAUUUGUAAACAUGUUGUAGUAUUGUUUUGUAAAUAUGUUGUAGUAGUAGUUUCAACAAAUGUAGUAGUAGUACUUUCCACCAUUUUUAUGGGAACUAGAAAAUUCAGACAAGUCAAAUAUAAUGUUUUAAUAUAGUUGUUUUUAUGUCUGAUGACAGUAUUUUAAAAUGAUAAAUUGUAAUGUUUGUUCUUGGAGGUUGGAAAUUUGAAGGUAAAUUGGUAUUUUAAUAAUAUAAUAUGCAUUUUCAAAUUUAAUAAACAAUUUUUUUUUUUAUAAUAAAGUUCAAAAGUAAUUAUAAAUAUUUCUUUUCUUUUUUUUAGAAAUCAUUAUUGCUGACUUGUUUGGAUUCCUUUCUCUUAUUACAGUUGUUCAAGGUGCAUGCUCAGGUUGUGAAGAGUUAUUGUACAGUGUUCUAUGUAAAACUGUAUUUUAGCUGUAUAAUAUUUUUCACUGAGAUUGGUUUUUUUUAUAUACCAUUAUUUUGGUAUAUUGUUUGUUUAUUCUAGAUGUUCUUUUCAUCUUCAAUAAUAAGUAAUAUUUUGAAUGGUAACCAAGACAUUAGAAUAUCACAUUUAUGUAUCUGCUAUCUUGCACAGUAAAAAAAAAUAUUUUAAAAUUACCAUCCAGUUAUGAUUUCUUCUUUGAUAAAUUAAAAUUUUGAUAUGUACAUUUUAAUUGUUUUAUCACUAUUUCUAAUUAUUUGUGAAAAAUAAAGGAAAAACAUAUGAAUAAACACUUCUAGUGGUUACCGAUAAUUAAAAUAAACCAUGACUAAUAUAAGAGUUGAAGUUUAUUUUGAUGAAAUAAUACAUUCAGGUACAAAAAGUGCAUAAGGAUCUUUUCAGUUGAAAAUGAAGAAGUCCAUUUAAGGGUGAUCACUAUAAUUGUGUGUCUUGUCAAUGUUUGAUGGUGUAAUAUUUACAUCCAUACAAAAAUGGUUUAUAGCUUCUUUUUUUGAAAUAGCAGACAAUUUAUAUGAGCAGCACAAUUUUGAAUGGUAAAUUACUUCAAUGCAAUUUAUAUUAGCUGUAUUGCUUUGUUUUCUUUGCGAAUGUAACUGUAUCUUUAGUUUGUAAAUAGUUUUUUGUAUGCUGAAGUACUAAAAUAACUUAAGUCAUAAAGCAGUAUUUUGAUCUGGAAUUUAGAAUUCAAAAUUUACUUUUAUUUUCUAUGGUAACUAUUUUGACAUACAUCCUAGAAUAUUUUUCCUUUUUCUCUUUUAUCAGCUUUCAGUAAUUUACAUAAUUUUGUCCUCUUUUUUUUUAUAAGUCUUGCUUAGUUAUUUAAUUUUUUUUUAUUCUGUUUAGAAUUAGAAAUGAAAGGUUUUUAUUUUGUAAUGUAAUAGAAUGGCCAUCGUAUCUGCCUUAAUAAAUAAUUUAUAAUUUAUUUAUUUGUAUAUUUUGUUGAAUUUGGUGUUUUCCAUAUUUUUCUGAGGAAAAGGAUAAUUUGGUUAACAAAACACUACACAUGUAUAUACUAUGGUAUAUGGAUUGUUACGUUUGUUUAUUGUGUGUGUCCUAUAAGUUAAAACUUAAUGGAUAUUUAACCAGUUUAUAUUUGAUAAGAAAUCAUAUUUUCUUUUUGUUUUUAAAUACUGGUCUACAUUAUUUUUAAUCUUAAAGACAUAUUUGCAUGCUGUGAAUUUUUACUUAUGAAACACUGCUCAAAAUAUGUGUCUUUAUUUAUUGUGUUUGCAUUAAAAUGUCUUAUUCUUAAAAAAUUAUGCUGUUAGUUUAUGCUUUUUGUAACAAUAAAUUUAAAAUAGUUUUUUUAUACCAGAUUUGUAACACUUUUUUUUUGUUGUGUCAGGGAUUUUUUUGUUUGUUUUUGUUUUAGAAGUAGUAUUAUAGUAAAUCAGGAAACUUGUUGUUUCUUGUUGGUCAGUUUAUUUUUCAAAUAUUUUGUUCAAUACAGUUUAUUGUCAGUUUAUUUUUUAAAUAUUUUGUUCAAUGCAGUUUAUUGUCAGUUUAUUUUUCAAAUAUUUUGUUCAAUACACAUAUUAGAUGUCCAGACUAGGCUUAAGAUUUAUUAAGCGGUAUAAUUUUCACAAUUCUGACUAACAGAUUUGAAAAUUUCAAAUAUUUUAUCCAAUAUUAGAUGUUCACACUAGACUUUGCAGAUUUUCACAAUUCAGACAAUAACAGAUUUGAACACAUUUGUAAUAUAACUUCGCAAAUAAUACAAUUGUACAAAUGUAACUAAAUUUUUUAAUUAAAACUAUUUGGCGUUCAACAUAUGGCUGUUGCACUACUUUGUCUAGAUAACAGAUAGGUCUUUAAAAAACCCACUUGCAAUAUUUUAUAUGCACUUCUUACAGGGGUGCAGGACGUAGCUCAGUGGUAAAGUGCUCGCUUGAUGCAUGGCAGUCUGCAUCGGUCCCCAUUAGGGGAUCCAUUAGGAUAUUUCUCGUUCCAGCCAGUGCACCAUGACUGGCAUAUCAAAGGCCAUGGUAUGUGCUAUCCUGUCUGUGGGAUGGUGCACAUAAAAGACCACUGCAUAAGCCCUAUGUGUAUACAAUUCUAUAAUACAAUUUCACAAUAUACUUUCACAAGUAUUUACAAUCCGCAAUAAAAUUUAGCAAUAAGAAACUAUUAUUCAAAUUUAUAAAAAUCUUAAUCUAAUUAAACUGUUAGUGGAGAGGUGGGUGGGGGACUAUAUGAUUAGAACUAGAUUCAAAUUAUUUAUAUUCAUUUACAGUGUUUAAACUUCUGAAAAACACUAAUAAAAUUAAAAUAAUGGCAAAUACUUAUUUGUGUUCUUUUGAAAGGUUUUUAAUUUGUUUAUGAAAUGUGAUGGAAUUGUUAUGCACUUUUUGUACAUUUGAAAAUGUUUGUUCUGUUUUAAGUAUUGUUGUUUUCACCUUAUUCAUCCUUCCAAUAAAUAAUUUAUUGUCA